AUGUUUUAUGAGGUGGAAGUUCCAUGCGAGCAAAUUCGGUUAAUAAUGGUAGGUGAUCAAACGAAAGUUCAACGUAAGGUCAGCGUCAACUCCAGUACCGAUUUGUGUUUCAUUCGAAUUUCAGAUUAUCACAUAAUGAGGAAUAGAAAUAUAUAUCAAGCUACAACUAUUGAUUAUGGUCUUAAAGUGCUUGCAAGACGUCGGUUAUAUUUAUCUUCAAAUCGAGAAUCUUCUCGUAAUUUAGUUUCUGCUUCAUUGAAUUCCAAAGAAAAAAAUCAUGAAUUAGAUAUAAACGAUCUACCUUUAACUGUACCGUUGCCUGGUUUGUCGAAAGUAUCGUAUGCUGUUAACCAUGAUAUUCAACCUUUUGAUACAAAGUUAACACUUUUAAAAACUGGUCUUAAGGUGGCAUCUGAACCACAUUUUGGACAAUAUUGUACUAUUGGAGUCGCAAUUAAUGCUGGUUCUCGAUAUGCUGGUCGUUUUCCAGUUGGCGUCCCUCAUUUCGUGGAAAAACUUGCUUUCUCUAAAACUUCUUCAUUUUCUACAAAAGAGGAAAUGUUCUCAUUGUUAGAGCGGCGCGGUGCUUUGAUUGAUUGUCAGUCGACAAAGGAUACUUUCAUAUUUGCAUCUUCCUGUCAUAUUAAUGGUGUAAAAGACAUUUUAACCAUAAUAUCUGAUGCUAUUAUGCGACCUGUUAUCACUGCAGAGAGCUUAAAAGAUGCUCGAAUGAUCAUAAAUUAUGAAAAUGAGGACAUGAAUUCAAAGCCCGAUUGCGAACCACUUUUGAAUGACUGGAUUCACAUGGGCGUAAAUAAUUUUGGGGACCCAUCUGUAUUUUUUUUCAGUCAACAUUCUGGUUCUGAUUAA